AGUCGUCCGCGUGUUACGGCAUCUAAUACAGGCUGGAUCGUAAUAUAUACGGCCCAUAAUUUUAUUACUUCACAUUUUCAAAUUCAUUCAAUAAUACAUAUUAGUAUUAUUGAUAUUAUUAUCGGUUUUUAUUUUUAUGUUAUACCUUUUUUUUUAUUAACGAUAUAUACCGUUUGAAAGCUCAAUUGAUAGCUGAAAAAAUAAAAAGUUAUAGUCACUUUGAAAACAUGCUGUAAACAAAAUACAAUAUAUUUUUAAAUAAAUAAUAAAUAUUUAGAGUAUAUUUAGAGUAUAUUCAAAAGUGACAAUUGGAUUUAUUGAAAAUCAUCAAAUCAAAACCAAAAAGCUCAAUGAAAUCCCGUCGGAAAGUUAAGCCGGCCAGCCGCCGGUUCAUACAUAUUGUUCGUUUAUAAAUAUAUAUCACUGUCAAAAAAUUGACGCAUGGUAUCUUUUUUUAUUUUUUUGGUUUAGUUUUUUUUUUUUUUUUUUUAUUUUUCUUUUGUGGCACGUCAGUUUUGCUUAUCAAUUGAUAAAGUCAUCUGUUGUCGUAUACAAAUAAAAAAUGUGAUGCUGGUUAAUUGUUGUGUCACAUCAUUUUGCAUCAGAUAAAAUGUCAAUUUACAAAAUGCAAUAAAAAAAAAUCAACAAAAGAAAUUAAUAAUAAAAAGAAGGAUUAUAAACAAUUAUUAAUCUAUGUGAUCAACAGAUCGAGUGGAUUUGGCGUUUUGAGGUAUCAAGGGGCUCCUCUAUUGUUGAACGUUGACAUUUGCAUCAGAUGGAGGCGACCAAGCCACUUUAUUUUCUACUGUUUCUUUUACAAUGUCACGUACAAGUACUCAAAUCAUACAGCAUACCAUGUGCCUUCAACAGUAUGUGCCUGUGUUGGAUACAGGAUGAUAGUGAAUCAAAUCAAAUGGACAUCAGUUGCCUCGGUGUACCAUUCUCACGUUUUCCUGACGUGUCGGUGAGUAAUGUGGCACAGCUGGACAUUGUGAGUUCGGGAAUGCAAGUCCUCGAGAAUGAUGCUCUAGUGAGUUUCUCGGGUAUUGAGACCCUUGGCCUCAUGAGCAAUCGUCUUUCUAGUAUCGGUGAAAAGUCUCUUGUAGUCGUAGCCAGCAGCUUGCGUUCACUCGAUUUUAGUUAUAACUCACUGGAGGCUGUGCCCUUUGAAGCGCUUAGACGACUAAAAAAGUUGAUUUGGCUGAAUAUGCAUAGCAAUCAUCUAACAAGUCUAGAUGGCGAUUGGGGCCACGUCGCAAAGACACUGACAAACGGUUUCUUUGGUGAAAAUUGCAUCGUUGAAAUCCCUCGUGUUAUGUCCCAAUUUGAAAAUCUCGUAUUACUCAACAUGGAUGGCAAUGACAUUCAAGAUAUACCAGAAACAUCAUUACCAUCAAACAUACGUACAAUAAGUUUCAAUAAAAAUUUACUCAAAUAUUUUCCAAUGAGUAUUGGAAAUUUGCCAUUUAUCAAUGCAAUAUAUUUACGUGGUAAUUUUAUCAAAAAUUUAACAUUACCAAUAUUUAAAAAUCCAUUUAUUGAGCUAAUUGAUGUUUCGGAAAAUAUAAUUGAAUCAAUUGUAUUAUUAAAUACAAACAACCAAAACAAUAAUAACAACAACGAUACUUUGAUAAUUCAAUAUGUAGGAGUCUUGAACUUAUCACGUAACAAAGUAAGAGUAUUGUCAGCUGGUGUAUUUCAGUAUUUGAAACCUCGUAGAAUACAUUUAUCAUCAAAUGGCAUUAGAAUUAUUGAGGAUGGUGCAUUUCACGGACUAGAAAAUACACUUGAAUAUUUGAGUCUCGAGCACAAUGAUCUAAUCAUUUUGCCAAGUGCAAUUAGUACAAUGAAUAAAAUAAACUUUAUAUAUUUUGGCAAAAAUAAUAUUAAUAAUAUAACAAAUAAUGCCUUUGAUUCAUUUGGUAAUAAUUUACGUGCUUUAUCAUUAACAACAAAUAAUUUAAAUAAAAUACCAGUAUUAUUGCUAUCAAAUUGUAAAAAUAUAAUACAUUUAAAUCUUGGAUAUAAUAAAAUUGCUGAAAUAAAUACAAGUGAUUUUAAAUAUAUGAAAAAUAUUGAAAUAUUAUUAUUACGUAAUAAUAUGUUAACAAAAUUAAAAGCUAAUACAUUUAAAGAACUUGAACAUUUAAGAGAAUUGAGUAUGUCAUUUAAUCAUUUUAUUGAUAUUGAUGAUAAUGCAUUUAAUGGAAUUGAAAAUACACUUGAAGUACUUGAAAUGAGUUUUUCAUUUACAAAUGAUUAUUAUCCAAAAAUUGCAUUUAGUAAAUUAAAAAAAUUAUUAUGGCUUGUUAUUGAUAAUAAUAAUUUUCAUAAUAUUGAUUAUGAUAUAUUUUAUAAUUUAUAUAAUUUACGUUAUAUUAAUAUUGAAUCAAAUAGAUUACAAAUAUUACCAUCAAAAUUAUUUCAUUAUAAUAUACAUCGUGAAUUACGUGAUAUUAAAUUUGGCUAUAAUUUCAUUCAAGAAAUACCAGUUGAUAUAUUUUUUAAUCUAAAUGAAUUAAGAUCAAUUGAUUUGACUGGUAAUCGUAUAUUAAAAAUUGAUAAGCUAACAAUUUAUAAUUGUACAAAAUUAGUUACAAUAUCAAUGGCUUAUAAUCAAAUAUCAUUUAUUGAAAAAUAUGCAUUUUAUGGAUUAACAAGUUUAAGAUUUUUACAUAUUGAAUUUAAUGCAUUAACUGUACUUGAUUUUGAUGCAAUUGUUGAUACUGGCGGAAUGGAAUUUUCAUUGAAUGCUUCAUAUAAUUCUAUAUCAGUUAUUAAAUAUCAAUAUAAAUUAUUUAAUUUAACAAGUCUUGAUUUGGCAUAUAAUAAUAUCAGUCAAUUGGAAAAUAAUAUAUUUUAUGGUAUGCCUAAUUUACGUAAUUUAAAUCUUCGUGGUAAUUUUAUCACAGCUCUUCAUUCUGGUACUUUUGCUCUAGCACAUUUGGAAAUGUUAAAUUUAUGUGAAAAUCGUUUGGAAACAUUGAGAAAACAGGCGUUUUAUGGAACACCAAUGUUACAGAUACUUGAUUUAAGUGGUAAUUUAUUAUCACAGCUAGCUAAUGAACAAUUUCGUAAUAUGAUUAAUUUAAGAAUAAUAAAUUUAUCAAAAAAUCGUAUACGUACAUUAUCGAGAGAUAUAUUUGAGGGUAGCCGAGUUGAAUCACUUGAUUUAAGUGAUAAUAUUAUAAGUAUUAUACCAUCAAUGUCAUUUAUUGAAAUUGGAUAUACACUUCGUGAUCUUGAUAUUGCUAAUAAUAUUGUUGAACAUAUUGAUUCAACGACAUUUCCAACAUCACAAUUGACAUAUCUUAAUUUAGCAAAUAAUAAAUUAACAAUAUUACCAGAUAAUUCAUUUGUGUCAUUGACAAAAUUGUUAAGUUUAAAUUUAUCAAAUAAUAAUUUUCAAUCAAAUUCCAAAGAAUUAUUUCAUUAUUUACCAGAGUUACGUCAAUUAUUUAUGGAAAAUUGUGGAUUUAAAAAAGUACCAAUUAUACCUGUCAGCAAUAUAAAUAUUUUAGAUUUAUCAUUCAAUCCAAUUGAGGAUUCAAGUAACAUUGAAGUACUUAGAUAUCUCAAGGUACUCAGACUUGUGAAUAAUUCUUUGGCUGUCGUACCAGAUGUGAGAUUGGAUCUUCUUCGUGAAUUACAUUUAUCUGGUAACCCCAUUGAGGAAAUAAAUAAAGAAAGUUUUUUUGGUUUUCCACGUUUACAAAAAUUAGUACUUAGAAAAUUAAUUCGUAUAAAAUAUGUAAGUAAAAAUUGCUUAAAAAUAUUAAGAUAUUUAAAAGAUAUAAGUAUCCAAAGUUGGCCACAAGCAGAUGGUUUUGACCUUAAAAGUAUACUAAUCGGAUUACCACUGAGUAAUGUUGAGAUUGAGGUUACUGAGCCAGUACUAAAGAAUCAAAUUCACAAUGCAUUUACAAGACGUUUGAGAGAACUCACAAUAACAGGUCAAGAGCUUGAAGCUAUAAACCUCGAUGCAUUUAAAACAUUUGAGGGUAGUAGUGAAUUGAUACUACGAAUAAAAGAUACUCAUGUACGAAAUUUUCAACCAGAUUUAUUCUUUCAUCUUGCCAAAAGUAUAACACAAUUAACACUUGAUUUACGAAAUAAUAACAUCAAAGAAUUUAGUCCAUCUGCAAUAUAUGGAAAUCUUUCAUGGGAAAUUGUUGGCACUAAUUUUGUAUCUGGUGGUCUUCAAGUGUCAGGAAAUCCCCUUGAGUGUGACUGUGAAAUAGCUUGGUUGAGUCUCUGGCUUCGUAGAUGGCUUAGAGAAUCACGACAGAUACAUACUGCAUCACAGUCAGAUGCUCGUCAGUUAAGAAACAUGGCAGGUAGAGCUGUCUGUAGAGAGACAACACCAUCACACUCAUCAAAUUGGGUUCUAUUAACUCUUGGUACACCAUAUACAGCUUGUCAAGCAUCAGCUCUGAGCUCUGGUCAUCAUGUCAAAUCAGCAAAAUAUUUGACAUUUAUCAUCAUUAUCAUCAUGCGAUUUAUCAUUGAUUGGACUAAUCAUUCGUGUAAAUAUUACUCUGUGUUUUUGUGAUUUUUUUUUUUUCCAUUCUUGUUUUAUCCGACAAAAAAAUUCAAG